CACAACACAGUCGCCAUGCGCAGCAAUCCUCAUGUGGUCGUAGGAAUACUGCUCCAAAAGUAUUUUCGGUGAUGAAUCGGUGAAGUUGAUUGCAUCAGCGUUAUAAAUGUGAGAAUCAAAGUUGUUACGACAGCAAGGUUGCUCUUACUCCUCGCUCUCCAGCUGUUUUGUGAUGGAUUAAGCCACAAUGUCGCAGCUGUACUACCGCAGAACGGACAACUCCUCGUACCGGGACCGCAUUCCGCUGCGGAUAGUGCGCGCCGAGUCGGAGCUCUCGGUGCAGGAGAAGUCCUACCUCAGCGCCGUGGAGAAGGGCGAUUACGCCAGCGUGAAACUAGCGCUGGAAGAGGCGGAGAUCUACUUCAAGAUCAACAUCAAUUGUAUUGAUCCUCUAGGGCGCACGGCGCUGCUCAUCGCCAUUGAGAAUGAGAACUUGGAGAUCAUUGAGCUGCUCCUCGGCUUCAACGUGUAUGUCGGGGAUGCUCUGCUCCACGCCAUCCGUAAAGAGGUAGUGGGAGCCGUGGAGCUCCUGCUGAACCACAAGAAGCCCAGUGGAGAGAAACAGGUGCCACCCAUCCUGCUUGAUAAACAGUUCUCAGACUUCACCCCUGACAUCACUCCCAUCAUCCUGGCUGCCAACACCAACAACUACGAGAUCAUCAAGAUGCUGGUGCAGAAAGGUGUGUCGGUCCCCCAGCCUCACGAGGUGCGCUGUAACUGCGUGGAGUGCGUCUCCAGUUCAGACGUGGACAGUCUGCGGCACUCACGCUCCCGACUGAACAUCUACAAGGCCCUGGCCAGCCCCUCUCUCAUCGCCCUGUCCAGCGAGGAUCCUUUCCUCACCGCCUUCCAGCUCAGUUGGGAGCUCCAGGAGCUCAGUAAAGUUGAAAAUGAGUUCAAGGCUGAAUACGAGGAGCUCUCCCAUCAAUGCAAACGCUUUGCGAAGGAUCUCUUGGAUCAAACCCGGUCCUCACGCGAACUGGAGUUGAUCCUCAAUUUCAGCGAUGAUGUCAACCUGCUGCAGGAUGAGGCCAACAAUGAGCUGGCUCGACUGAAGUUGGCCAUCAAAUACCGCCAAAAAGAGUUUGUAGCACAGCCAAAUUGCCAGCAGCUGUUGGCCUCACGCUGGUAUGAUGAAUUUCCUGGCUGGAGGAGACGUCACUGGGCUGGCAAGUUCAUCACCUGUGUCUUCAUCAGCCUCAUGUUCCCCCUGCUCUCCCUCUGUUACCUGGUGGCACCCAAGAGCCGCUAUGGCCUCUUCAUCCGCAAGCCUUUCAUCAAGUUUAUUUGCCACACCGCUUCUUACCUGACCUUCCUCUUCCUCCUACUGCUGGCCUCGCAUCACAUAGUCUCUAACAAUCCUGAUCGCCAAGGUCCAAAGCCCACCACUGUGGAGUGGAUGAUCCUACCCUGGGUUCUAGGAUUCAUAUGGACGGAGAUCAAGCAGAUGUGGGAUGGUGGAUUUCAGGAUUACAUCCAUGACUGGUGGAAUCUCAUGGACUUUGUGAUGAAUUCCUUGUAUCUUGCAACCAUCUCACUGAAGAUUGUUGCAUAUGUUAAGUACAGUGGUUGCAAACCCAGGGAAACCUGGGAAAUGUGGCACCCCACACUAGUGGCUGAAGCAGUGUUUGCCAUCGCCAACAUCUUCAGCUCUCUACGCCUCAUCUCGCUCUUCACGGCCAAUUCUCACCUAGGUCCUUUGCAGAUAUCAUUAGGACGGAUGCUUCUGGACAUCCUAAAGUUCCUCUUCAUCUACUGCCUGGUGUUGCUUUCCUUUGCUAAUGGACUCAAUCAGCUUUACUUCUACUACGAGACUAGUGAUGGCAUGAACUGCAAAGGCAUCCGCUGUGAACGUCAGAACAAUGCUUUCUCAACGUAA